AUGUGUGACAGUGACUUUUCAUACCUGAAGUUGGCACUGGGGCAGCUGACCGUGGAGAUACUAAAAUCGCCAGAAGUGUGCCUCUCCAUAAAAGCGUGGGAUUUAGGUGUGAAAAAGGACCGAGCUAGAAUUCUAACACGAUGUCCAUCUGUUCUCUUCUUCUAGAAUCUCAUGGCAAGGGCCUUAUAUGACAACGUCCCGGAGUGUGCCGAGGAGCUGGCCUUCCGCAAGGGAGAUAUUCUGACUGUCAUAGAACAGAACACAGGAGGACUGGAAGGGUGGUGGCUCUGCUCCUUACAUGGUCGACAAGGCAUUGUCCCCGGCAACCGGGUGAAGCUUCUGAUUGGCCCCAUUCAGGAGACCCCCUCCAGUCAGGACCAGCCUACUUCUGGACUCACGCACCAGACCUUUGGCCAACAGAAGCUCUAUCAAGCGCCAAACCCACAUGGCGGCCCUCGAGACACAAUCUACCAAGUGCCACCUUCCUACCAACAUCAGGGGAUUUACCAAGUCCCCACUAGCCACGGUACCCAGGAACAAGAUGUGUAUCAAUUACCGUCAUCCGUGCAGAGAAGCAUUGGGGGGGCUAACGGCCCCCACUUAAGCAAAAAGGUGAUAACCCCCGUGAGAACAGGCCAAGGCUACGUGUAUGAGUACCCGACCAGAUACCAAAAGGAUAUCUACGACAUCCCUCCUUCCCACACCACUCAAGGGGUAUAUGACAUCCCUCCAUCAUCAGUCAAAGUCCCUGUGUUUUCAGUUCCAGUGGGAGAAAUAAAACCUCAAGGCGUCUAUGACAUCCCUCCUACAAAAGGGGUAUAUGCCAUUUCACCCUCUACUUGCCGAGACGAAGCAGGGCUGAGGGAAAAAGAGUAUGAUUUCCCCCCUCCGGUGAGGCAAUCGGGAAGGCUGGACGUCAGACCAGAGGGCGUUUAUGACAUCCCCCCAGCCAGCACCAAGCCAAUGGGGAAGGACCUUCGCAUAAAAUAUAACUGUGAUGCUCCGGGAGCCGCUGAACUGGCCACACGAAGACACCAAAGCGUUUCGGUGAACCACCCACAGCUGGGACAGUCACUGGGUGCCCAGAACGAUGCAUAUGAUGUCCCCCGAGGGGUUCAGUUUCUGGAGCCAGCAGCAGAAAGCGGUGAGAAAGCAAACCCCGAAGAAAGAGACGGCGUGUACGACGUCCCUCUGCACAACCCACCAGAUGUCAAAGGCUCUCAGGACGUGGUGGACAGUAUCAACCGGUUAUCUUUCUCCAGCACGGGCAGCACCAGGAGUAACAUGUCCACGUCUUCGACCACCUCCAAGGACUCCUCGCUGUCAGCCUCCCCGUCUCAGGACAAAAGGCUCUUACUGGAUCCAGACACAGCCAUCGAGAGACUUCACCGGCUCCAGCAGACCCUGGAGACGGGCGUCGCCAGCCUCAUGGCGCUGGUCACCACAGACUGGCGGUGUUACGGAUACAUGGAGCGACACGUCAACGAGAUCCGCACCGCGGUGGACAAGGUGGAGCUGUUCGUGAGGGACUACCUCCAUUUUGCCAAGGGAGCUGUAGCAAACGCUUCCUGCCUCCCCGAACUCGUCCUCCAUAACAAAAUGAAGCGGGAGCUCCAAAGAGUGGAAGACUCCCACCAGAUUCUGAGCCAGACCAGCCAUGACUUAAAUGAGCACAGCUGGUCCCUGAACAUUCUGGCCAUCAACAAGCCCCAGAACAAGUGCGAUGAUCUGGACCGGUUUGUGAUGGUGGCGAAGACAGUGCCCGACGAUGCCAAGCAGCUCACCACAACAAUCAACACCAACGCGGAGGCGCUCUUUAGACCAGGCGUGGGCAGCUCACACGUGAAGAGUGGGUCUGGGAACAUCAUGAACUCCGCUGAGUACCCACACGCCGCGUCCCAGAUGCAGCUGCUGCAUCCCGGGGACCACAAGGCCCAAGCCCUCACCAAGCCAUUGCCCCCGAGCCUAGGCAAGGACCAGCCUCCUGACUGUAGCAGCAGCGAUGGGUCUGAAAGGAGCUGGAUGGAUGAUUAUGAUUAUGUCCACCUACAGGGCAAGGAGGAGUUUGAGAGGCAACAGAAAGAACUGCUGGAAAAGGAAAAUAUCAUCAAACAGAGCAAGAUGCAGCUGGAACAUCAUCAGCUAAGUCAGUUCCAGCUGCUGGAACAGGAAAUUACCAAGCCCGUGGAGAACGACAUCUCCAAGUGGAAGCCCUCUCAGAGCCUCCCGACCACAAACAGCAGCGUGGGCUCUCAGGAUAGGCAGCUGCUCUACUUCUACUAUGACCAGUGUGAGACCCAUUACAUCUCCCUCCUCAAUGCCAUCGACGCCCUCUUCAGCUGUGUCAGCUCCGCGCAGCCCCCGCGCAUCUUCGUGGCCCACAGCAAGUUUGUCAUCCUGAGCGCACACAAACUGGUGUUCAUUGGGGACACGCUGACGAGGCAGGUGGCCACCCAGGACAUUCGCCACAAAGUGAUGAACUCCAGCAACCAGCUCUGCGAACAGCUCAAGACUAUAGUGAUGGCGACCAAGAUGGCCGCCCUCCAUUACCCCAGCACCACGGCCCUGCAGGAGAUGGUGCACCAUGUGACAGACCUGUCCAGGAACGCCCAGCUCUUCAAGCGCUCUUUGCUGGAGAUGGCAACCUUCUGA